AUGAAGUGCCCUGAGGGACAGCUGCCCAAUCCUUCGGAAAAGGAUUCAACACCAACAGCUUCAACAUCAGAGGUAAUGAGCUUCCACGACCCCCAAAGUCCUGUGGACCUUGGAGCUGACACUGCCGGCGAUCGUGGCGCCGAAACUGCCGGCGACCAAGGCAGCCAAACUCCUGCAGACCAUGGCGCCCAAGCCGACGCCGAAAGCGGCGCCCAGGCUGCUGCCGGCACUCCGCUGGAAAACUUACUGAAAGGGAAAGAAGAGAUGAAUAGAAGCCGGGAUGAACCUCCUUACGAACUUGAGAACCAAUUUAUAUUGCGUCUGCCUCCGGAACAUGCUUCUGCUGUAAGGAAGAUAGUACAUUCCACAAGUGUUGCCAUGAAGGAUAAACUAAAAAUUGACUUAUCUCCUGAUGGACAUCAUGCAGUUGUUGAGGUAGAAGAUGUCUCACUAACUGCUAACCUGGUUGAUUUGCCUUGUGUUAUUGGAAGCCUGAAAACUCUUGAUAAAAAAACCUUUUAUAAAACAGCGGAUAUUUCCCAGAUGCUUGUAUGCACUGCUGAUGGUGAUCCCCACUCUUCCCCGGAAGAACCAACUACCUCUACUGAUCUUAAAGUAAUCGCAAAAAAUGAAAGAGAGGGCAAGAAAAAAUAUGUCUGGAAGCAUGGCAUUACACCACCACUUAAGAAUGUCAGAAAGAAAAGAUUCCGCAAAACAAUAAAAAAGCUCAUUGAUUUUGAAGAAAUCAACUGUACUGAGGAAAAAGGCAUUCCUGCAAAACACAGGGUGUUAAAUGACGUUCCUGGUAUUCCCUUCUCCCCCACUUUGGUUCAGUACAUUGAAUCUCCUGAAGUGGAAAAGGAAGUGAAAAAACUGCUGUGUUCAGAUGCUGAAGCUGUCAGUACCCGAUGGGAAGUCAUUGCUGAAGAUGAAACCAAGGAAAUAGAAAGUCAAGGCUUCAUCCCAGGCUUUAAGAUAUCCCCAGGAAUGAGUGGCUAUAAGCAGGGUCAUGUCUCAUCAGAAUGUGAGAUGCUUCGGGAGAUGUUCAGUGAUUCUAGUAGUAACAGUGAUAAGGAUGAUGACGAUGAUGAAGAGGAGGAAGAUGACUACGAUGAUGAUGAAGAUGAGGAAGAGGAGAAAGAUUAUUAUGAAGAGGAUGUGGAAAGGAAGCUACAGGCCAAGUUCAUUGAACCUGGCCAGCAUGAGGCCAAGGAAAGAGCCAGUUCAAUAGUCAUGGAAAUUCAGAAGCAGAUUCAUCACAUGGAGAAAAAGCUCCUGGAGAUUCAGUGCAAAGCACAAAGACAGAAAAAUCUCAUCAUGAAAUUGGAAAACCUGAUGCUCAAGAAUCAUUUACAGUCUGUGCUGGAGCAGCUUAAGUUAGAGGAAAAAGAAAAAAAUGAGCAGCUCAUUUCCCUACGGGAACAAUUGAAAUAUCUUCUGGAAAAGUGAGGAGAGCCUGCAGCCUGGCACGUAAACCUUGGAUUCACCAUCCAGACUGAAGACUGGGUGAAACUGCAUGUUUCUGUUCCUUUGUUGCCUCAUGUUGAAUCAU